AGUGGGUAAAACUGCAGCUUAUCAAACAAAACACAGUAGACUCAGCUACAAACUGAAGUGUAUUGCAGUAAAGCAAAAAUGAGUGUCUGUGAUAGCUGGUGAGAGAAUGGCUGAACCGACUGAUAUUCCUAGCAGUCUCUGUGUCCCAGAAGUAGGACUUUUAGCUGCUUUAAAAUGGAGCAGAAACGUAAAGGGACAAGGACAAUUGAAACAGAAGAUAAAAGACCUACCUGCACUUUUGAAAAAUGGAUUGAACCUCAAGAAGAAGCAGGCCGAUGUGCAGAUGGCCAACUUGGAGAAGAAUACUGAUAAUCAUCUAUCAAAUUCCAACAGAGAGGUGUAUUCCGAGACCAUUUGCUGUGCAGGGCGAGCACUGAGAAACAACUUUGCAACACAGGCACCUCACCUAAUAAAAGAUCGUGUGACCAACACAGGAAAAUGCAAGAGUAGCUGUGUAGGUUUUGAAAUGGUGGACUGGUUGCUCGAUCAAUGCCCAUUCAUCUACACUCGGAGCAAGGCGGAGGGCAUCUGGCAGAUUCUGACAGAACUGGGAAUUCUAUCUUCAGCAAUGGAAAAACAAGAGAAUUUUCAAGAUAAGGACAUUUUCUACCAGUUUUCAGAUGAUGAAUGUGAUGUCCAGGCCUGCCCCUUCGGAAAGGAGGAGGAGUGGAAAAAUGGUGUAAGACUUCUAGGGCACUUAGUCCCUUAUGUUCAAUCCAGAACAAAUCUGCAAAUAACAUCAGAGCAAAGAUCAGCAGAGGAGAAAAUAAUUCCAUGCGAUGAAGUCCUCCAAAUUCAGGCUCUUGCUCUCUUAUCAGCAACGGUGAAGAAAGAGUUGGUUGCUGCCAUUGCUUCAAAAGGAGAAACAUCAUCAUGUGGAGAAGAGAACAGAAGUGAUAUCAAGCAAGUUGAUUUGAAAGGCUGUGUGAAUAAUAUCAAGAGAAAUAAGGGUGGACUAGUGUGCAGUAUCAGGGAGGAAGAUGAUUUUGAUGGCAUUGAAUUAGUCCAGAAACAGUCAACUGCAGCUCAUGUCAUUCUAACUGAAGAUAAUUGCCACAUUCAGCCAGUGGUCCAAGAGAAUUUCAGCAGGAUUUCAAAGAAUGAUGAAGUGAACACAGUUCGAGUGAAAGAACGAGGCCAAGAUGUACUCAUCCUGAAAAAAGUGUCGUCAUCUAGCCCAGCCCCCACAGCAGGGAGUGCCCGGAAUGAUUGGAGGUACAUGGUUGUGGCUGGAACCCCUGAGAAGAUUCUGGAGCAUCUGCUGAACUAUAUACACCUGGGCAAAGGUGAAUGCAAAGAGACAGAUAUCUUGCUGGAUGAUUUUCUUCUCACAUACACAGUCUUCAUGUCAACUAGUGACUUGUGUCAUGCCUUACUGAGGCACUAUUGUUCGAAGACAUAUACAGAAAAACAAGAAGACUCAGAUAACAACUUGUACCGAAAGCGCAAAGUACUACGCGUUGUGUCACAAUGGGUACAUCUUUACAGGACUUUAUUACGAGAAGAUGAAAAUACUAAAUUGGUUUUCAAGAAUCUUUAUAGGUGCGUGCUUGAUGAUCUUUUUGAAUAUCCCAGUUUGGAAAAGGAUUUGAAAGAACUCCAGAGCCUGUUUUGGACACCCCGCAGACACACCAUUGAUGAAUAUUCACCACAAAAAAAGAAUACAACAAUUUUCCACCAACUCAGUUGCAGAGAGAAGUGGCUGCAACCUAAAGAAUAUGAAGCUGAAGAAGUUUUCUGUCGUGUCUAUGUGGCAGACCAUUCUUAUGUCAGUUUCCGAACUAAAAUGUCAACGUCAGCACAGCAGCUUCUCCACAUUGUAGCUGAAAAGCUUCAGCAAUGUGAGGAGGAUUUGAUACCAGUGAUAGUCACUUCCACUGAGGAAAGGCGAAUUCUUCAACCUGAUGACGUGUCCAUUUUUAAAUCUCUGGAUCCCACCACUCGGAUAUUUGUUUGUAAAAAAGAUCCCACUGAUUUCUUGACUCUUACAGCAGAAAGUGAUGAAAUACCACAGCGAACUAUCCAAAUGCUUGGAAUGAACACCUGGCAAUUGGCCAACAAAUUAACCAAUUUUGAUUGGGAUUUAUUUAACUGCAUAUGUGAACAGGAACUGAUUUAUUACACAUUCCGCAGAGGGAACACCACGGCCAACCUUGACUUUCUGCUGCAGCGGUGCAAUGAGGUUCAACUGUGGGUUACUACUGAAGUCCUCCUCUGCAGCCAGCUGUCCAAACGUGUGCAGCUUGUCAAAAAGUUCAUAAAGGUUGCUGCUCACUGCAGGGCAUUGAGGAAUCUUAACUCUUUCUUCGCCAUAAUCAUGGGUCUCAACUGUGCUGCCAUCUGCCGGCUCUCACAGACUUGGGAGAAGGUGCCUGGGAAAUUUAAGAAGCUCUUCUCAGAACUUGAACAUUUAACAGAUCCAUCUCUGAAUCAUAAAGCAUAUAGGGAUGCUUUCAAAAAGAUGCAGCCACCAAAGAUUCCCUUCAUGCCUCUGCUACUGAAAGAUGUAACGUUUAUCCAUGAGGGAAACAAAACCUUCCUGGACAAUCUUGUCAACUUUGAAAAGCUGCAUAUGAUCGCAGAUUCCAUCAGGCUGCUGAGACACUGCAGAAGUAAUCAGAUCAGUACAGAAGGUACUCAGAAAGACCAUCAGGAUGUGAAAGCUUAUGUCGACCAUUUGCACGUUAUUGACAACCAACAGACAUUAUUUCAGCUUUCUCACAGACUAGAGCCAAGAAUUUAACCAAAGCUCCAUCUGACCAUAAGAUUAUUGAUGUUGAAAAAUGCUACAGGGAACUGCAGUCACAGCAACUGUGGCAAAGUGACACAGCUAAUGUGCCAAAUGAGGGGUCUCUUGUGCAACACAGUUUACUUGCAAAUUCAACACAAGAGGUCAAGAACAAGCUAAAUUACUUUCAGGUGAGAAAGUAACAGUGGGUUUGAUCAGACAUUUGCAUGGUAUGCAGUCCAGGAGCAUCAUCCAAGCUACUUCAACAGCAGCAGUACUGAGCAGCCAACAAAUUAAGAAACAAGCACUAGUGUUUGCAGGAUAGAAUUAUAUGAAUUUCUGUCAGAUUACAUGACAGUUAUUUUUAAUGCACUUUUUCAUGCCAAACUGUCAAAGCAGAGGUGCUUAGAGUUAUUUUGUGACCAAAUGACCAGGUCCAUCCUCAGCCUGAAGUGUGGCAGGGUGGGUUUUGCAGUUGUUGGACUAGCCUGCCAAAAUAUCGGACCUAUUUAAAUUCUAAAUUUGUUUUGGCCGGAUUGCCGCCUGUUCUUGGGGGCCUGUCACUGGGGAGAGUAGGAAAUGGUUGCUGCUACAGGACACACAUAGCUACAGCAGCUUAAAGAGGCAGUCAGUGUGAAUAUUAAAAAAACUUUGGUCUUUGGUCCAAUAAAGUGGCAAAACCUGCCAAUUAGAAUUGUCACUCCAUUCUGCUUAAAAGAUUGUUGGACAAUCUUGAGUGAUUAAAUUACUUGCAUUGCUGUGCCUCUCCGAGCAAUACUGGGUGCCUAUUGAAAUAUGGAUUACCAGCAAUCAGUAUUGUCAAAAUGAUGGAAAAUGUGGAAAAUUUUAAGGUUAUCGCAUCCUUUAAAUGCUCCACCCCAACUAUUUUUCAGGACUGAUAUUUCUAGGGAUGGUGAAGACGGAAAACCCAAUGCACAUCCAAAAGUGCUGGGAUCUAGCAAUAUUAACCCUCAGUACCUGCUCUAACACCAUUGAGCAACCUGAAAAAGAAAUUCUUGUCUAAUACUUUGGUGGUUUGUAAUGUAUUUCUUUUUUGAAAAGAGUUCAAUGAAAUAAAAAAAGGGCAUUACAGUGCUAUGAACAUAUGCCAGGUUAAGCUGUUUAAAGCAGCUAACUAAAUAGGAUUUUAGUUAUUUUUAUGACUGAUAUUGGUAGAACUUCCUUUGAUGUGGAUGGCUAUUGUCCAAUAAUCAAAACAGUACCAAAAGUAUUUGUGAAGUAAGAUAAAUAAAGCACAUUUUGUAAAGUCUGGAUAUAGAAUUAGUGGCCCUGAAACUCUGUAGUUUCUCUAGUUCUCCUGCCAGAGAUGCAAUGGGGGGACCAGCUGAAGUCACAGGAACACGAUAUAAAUGAGUAAAGAGCCAGCCAUUUACACCAAUUUUGAGGGGCUCCAUCAAUCUCUUGCUGCAGUUACGGCAGGAGACCAGCAGACCUCCAGUGGAAUUAAUCAGCCAGAACUUGCUGGAAUAAAGCAUCUCAUGCCAUAUGCUUUUAGUUGGCCAUUUUCCCGUACCUUCAGUUCAAAAAGGCUUUGCACCCUAACUAGUUGGAAGUGUAAGAUGAUAAAGACAACAUGAGGGCAACAUGGCUUCUGGGACCUGAGUGAACAAUAGGACCAACAGUAUUUCUCUUUAAUCAAUGAGACUUAAACAGUGAGAAAUAAAUAGAGGAACAACUGAGAAGGAGGUGAAUUAGAAUGGAUAACUUCAAAUCACAGAAUUUUAAUGGUACAGAAGGAGGCCAUUUGGCCCAUCGUGUCUGCACCGGAUUUCCAAAUGAGCAUGAUGACCUAGAGCCACUGCCUUGCCUUUUCCCCAUAUUCCUGCACAUUGUUUCUAUUCAAAUAAUCAUCUAAUGCCCUAUUGAAUGUCUCAAUUGAACCCGCUUCCACCAUAUUUCCAGGCAGUACAUU